UGGUCUACACGUCAGCUGAUAGACAGCGUAUGGUGACAACAUUAAUGUUUCUGUCCCUUGGUCCCUGAUGUGAGCCCACAAUGGUUGAAGGGUUGAUUAGUGAGCAAGGGGACAGGGGGGGAACAGAGGUAGCCGUAAUGUCAGAGGAUGGUGAUUCAGUACCACCUGAAAUGGUGUCGUCAGUUCCCCCACGACCCACCAUAUGCUAUGGCCGAAUUUUACUUGGUGAAAUAACACCACUUCUUGCUGCUAUGAAGCGUUCCACUCCAAGAUGGUCAUCACAGCAACAGGACUUGGAACGGGAUCCACUAGUAGUGAAACUCAAAGAAUUACGAACGACUGUUACUUACCUAGGACCUGAUGAUACCUUGGAUCCUAAUACUUUUCUAGAUCCUUUCCUUGCUAUCAUCCGUUCAGAAGAUACAACUGGCCCAGUCACCAAGAGUGCAUUGGCUGCAGUUAAUAGGAUGCUUAAUUAUGGACUAAUAACUGGAGAAUGUGCAAGUGCAGCUAAUGCUGUGGAAGCUGUUGCUGCAGCAGUCACACAUGCCCGCUUUGUAGGGACAGAUCAAGGGGCUGAUGAAGUUGUCUUGUGGGAAAUUCUUACUGUAUUGCGAACUCUUAUCCUAGGACCUGUUGGGCAUCUCCUUACAAAUGAAUCUGUUUGUGAAAUUUUGAAUUCCUCAUUUAGGAUUUGUUUUGAGACAAGGCUGAGUGAACUUUUGAGAAACUGUACUGAAGAUGCUCUCAGGCAUAUGGUGCAACUCCUCUUUGCACGUCUCCCACAGUUUAAAGACGAUCCUCGUGGGCAGGGACACUCGAGGAGGCUUAAAAUGCGUGCAGGUGGUGAAGGGAAAGGGAGAAGAAAAGGAAAAUCGCCUCGUCCAACUCCAUCAUCAACUCCACCUCCAUCCAAUACACCACAACCCCCUGUAACUUCAGAUGUUUCAGAAGUGCCAGAAGAAUCACUAGAUGGUUCACAAAACACUCAGGUAAUAACAACAUCUACAAAAGAGGAAGUUAUUUCACCCUCGGAAUCAGAACCAGAAUCUCUAAGUAGUGCUCUGGCAGGAGAAAAUCCCUUAGGAGACACAGCAUCUGUUGAUUCAGGAAUUUUAGAACCUGUCUCUCCAGUUGAAAACAGUGUAGACAUAUCCCAUGCACAUUUAGCUCCAGAUGGUUGUGGUUCUUUAGAAAAUCUGGAGAGUCCAGCAAGUGAGCCUGAUGGUACCUGUGUGUCUAAAGCAUCUGAUUCUGAGCAGGUUGAACUUAUUUCGGAGACAAAUGAAUCCCUCUCAUCCACUGAAGUUGUUAAUCAUGCAGAUGUAGAAAUAAAAACCACAGACCCUUCACCUCAAACAGAUUCACAGCAAGAAAAAGAAGACUUCAUAAAUGCACAAGGAGUGAAAUUUACUCAAGAGGGAGUCAUUACUGAGGGCAAUGCUUUGGUGCCUUAUGGCAUGCCUUGUGUAAGAGAAGUUUUUCGUUUCCUCAUCUCCCUUACUUCACCAACUAAUGAGCAAAAUACCCCUGCAAUGAUUUUAACUGCCUUGAAUCUUCUGACAGUGGGAUUAGAGGUGGGUGCUGAACACAUCAACAAUACUCCUUCAUUGUUGACAUUAUUGAAAGAUCAGUUGUGUCGUAAUCUAUUUAUGCUUCUGAAACCUGAAUUUCGUUUGGGUACCUUCAUGGCAUCCUUACGUCUGUGUACCCUUCUAUGCGAGUCUUUGCGUUCACAUUUCAAGUUCCAGAUUGAGAUGUUUCUCAAUAAGUUAACUGAAAUCAUCACAUCAGAAGCACCUAACGUCACUUACUCACAUAAGGAAUUAGCUCUUGAAACAGUAGUACAGUUAUGGCGUAUACCAGGAUUCAUUACAGAACUUUUUCUUAAUUACGAUUGUGAUUUAUAUGCAUCAAAUUUAUUUGAAGAUCUUACUAAAGUGCUCUCAAAGAAUGCUUUUCCAGUUCAGGGAUUGUAUUCUACAAAUUUACUUUCUCUUGAAGCCCUUUUCACUGUUAUAGAAACUAUUGAAAGUCAUGGUAUUAAAGAAAACAAGGUAUCAGUUGCUAAAGAGACAAAUGAAGCACCCUUGGUAGUGGCACAGGUAUCAUCUGGAUAUCUCUUGGGUCUUGGCCUUCGAGGAGGUUUUGCUCCUGUGACUCCACACCUUAAAGCACGGACUGUGCUUUUUGACAAUGAAAUUGUAUCACGAGAACAUCUUGUGGCUCUUAAAGAGAAGAAAAAGUUAUUGGCAGCUGGCACUGACCAAUUUAAUGCUAAACCAGAAAAAGGUAUAAAAUUCUUGCAAGACAAUGGCAUUAUAGGGAGCACCAAGGAUGAUAUUGCUAUAUUUCUUAGAGAGAACCCACAACUCUGUAAGAAGAUGAUUGGAGAAUAUGUUAGCAAAAAGAAAAAUGUAGAUAUACUCUCAGCAUUUGUAAAAUCUUUUGAGUUUCGUGGACUGCGGAUUGAUGAAGCCCUGCGAAUGUUUUUAGAGAGUUUCCGUCUCCCUGGUGAAGCUCCUCUUAUCGGUAUAAUUGUGGAACAUUUUUCAUCUCACUGGCACACGAGUAACAAUGAACCUUUUGGGAAAGAGGAUGCAGCUUUUACAUUGGCAUAUGCUGUAAUCAUGCUGAAUGUAGAUCAGCAUAAUCAGAAUGCAAAGAAGCAGAACAUUCCCAUGACAUUAGAUCAGUUUAGAAACAACCUUCGAGGUGUCAAUGAUGGAGGUGACUUUGACCAGGAUAUGCUGGAGGAAAUAUACAAUGCCAUUCGUCUAGAUGAAAUUGUCAUGCCUGCUGAACAAACUGGUCUAGUUAAGGAGAACUACAUGUGGAAAAUGUUACUAAAAAGAGGAGCCACCAAAGAGGGUCAAUAUAUAUUAGCUAAUAAUAAUACAUCCUUUGACAGAGACUUGUAUGCUAUUUGCUGGGGCCCAACUAUUGCAUCAUUAGCCUAUGUAUUUGAUAAGUCUACAGAUGAUGCUAUUAUUCAGAGAACAAUGUCAGGUUUCAAGAAGUGUGCUGUUAUUGCUGCAAGAUAUGGUAUGAGUGAAAUGUUUGAUAACCUUGUUGUAUCUUUGUGCAAGUUUACUACUCUAACAUCAUCUACAGAAGCUGCAGAGCAUGUAACUGUAGCCUUUGGAGCCAACAAAAAAGCACAACUUGCUGCAAAGACAGUGUUCAGAUUGGUAACAUCCCAUGGAGACAUACUGAGAGAUGGGUGGAAAAAUAUAUUAGAUCUCCUUCUUCAAUUAUUCCGUUGUAGACUUCUACCACCCUCUUUGACAGAGAGUGAAGACUUUGUUGAGACUAGUGGCCGGGUGACCCUUGUUAGGGAAACUCCAGUAGCUGUGCCUCGAGUUGAAUCGGGAUUACUAUCAUCCCUCUAUUCUUAUAUUUCCCUUGGUGAUGCAGGAGCAGCUCGCGGAACAAAUCCAGAAGACGUGGAACUUUCCCAGAGGGCUAAAAGCUGCAUUGCUGAUUGCCAUCCAGAAAGACUGGUAACUGAGUCAGCUUUCUUGAGGUGUGAUUCAUUAAAUGAACUUUUAAAAGCCAUGAUGGGAGCUGGAGAUGCCAGCACUCUUGGAGAUCCAGCUAUCAGUCCAGGUGGUGGAGGCUUACACCAAGAAGGCAGAGUUGGAGGCCUUGACGAACAUAGUCAGGCUUUCAUAUUGGAACUUGUUGUUCAGGUUUUGGUUGCAAACAAAGAUAGGGCUGUUGGUGUUUGGCCGAGCGUUAAAACUUACAUUCAUUCUCUGCUCAUGGGAGCAGCUGCAGCAGAUCGUCAUUUUCUCCUAGAACGCUGUGUUGUGGCAAUGCUGAGGUUAGCCAAAGUUUUGCUGCGCAGACCAAACAUGGCUAACCCUAUACUGCAGUCUCUCCGGAUGUUGUUGCUACUGCGGCCCUCCAUCCUUCUCAGAGUAUCACUGCAAAUUGUCUGCGGAUUGCGAGAGGUUUUGAGUGUUAACACUGACCAUAUUCAAGAUCCCAAUGACUGGACUAUUUUAUUCAAUCUACUUGAAUGUGCAGGAGCUGGUGCUAAACCACCACCAAUGGUCAAUUCUGAUCAUGCAGAUAUUCAAAGUGAUUCUGGUUCUGUGUCAGACAGUGACUUUGGAAGUUCAUCAGGAGUUGAUUCUGGUCAUUACACUGAAGGAGCUACUAGCGAGUGUGCUGAGCCUCCCCCUGGCCCACCCACAGCCACAGACCAUCCAGAGGUAUCUAAACAAACCCAGCGCUCUCGAGCUGCAAGUCCUGAUCCUCUACAUAACACGGGAGGCUGGAUUUUGGUUGGCCGUGAAGGGGAAAUAGAACCAGUGGCUGUACGAGCUGUGUCUGUUAAUGAAUGGGAUAUAGUACAUCAGCGCGAACUUGGAGAGCAUAGACCUGAGGCUUUAGUGCAAGCUGUUGAUACUUUGGCCUUCCUAGUAAGAGACAGACGAAUCACACAGUCAAGCCUCCCAGCAGCUGUUCAAGCCUGUAGAACAUUUGUUGAAGCAACUCUGAAUGGAGGGAAAACAGAAAAAAGAACAGCUAACAAGGAAGGUGUACGCUCACCUUCUCGUCGCAAGACAUCCGGAAGACGUAAAGAAGAGAAAGGCAUUACACGAAGGCCAAAGUCUCCAAAUACUGGGUCUAAUGCUUAUGAUGCUGAUGAGUCUGAUUCAGAUGAUGUUCCCAUGACAUACCAGCAGGUGUCUGAAAAGUUACUAGAUCUGAUGGAUACCUUGCAUACAGCAUCAGGCCAAAUUGUUGGUAUCGAUGAUGGGUCGUCUGCGUCAGUCUCUUUGAUGUCAUUAUGGUCUCAGGCAUUAUGCCCUCUUCUCCAAGGAAUAGCCAGAUAUUGCUGUGAUUCACGCACUACGGUACGUAACAUGGCAAUGACAUACCUUCAGCGAGCUCUUCUGAAUCAUGAUUUACAGGCAUUAAGUGCUGGAGAAUGGGAGUCAUGCUUUAACAAAGUAUUGUUCCCAUUGUUAGCAAAGCUGCUACAACCACUGCCAGGGUCAAGUGCAGCAGCUAUAGAGGAGACACGUGUUCGAGCAGCUACCCUUGUUCAGAAGGUAUACCUUCGUCAUUUGACUCCACUGUUGACACUUCCUACAUUUACUGCACUGUGGCUCACAAUUCUAGAUUUUAUGGACAAAUACCUCAAUACACAUCGUUCUGAUCACUUGAGUGAUGCUAUUCCGGAGAUCUUGAAAAACAUGUUGUUGGUGAUGGAAACUACCCAGGUCUUCCACACUGCAGAUGGAUUCACACGUUUAUGGACUAUCACUUGGGACCGUAUUGAUGCCUUUUUACCUGAUUUCCGCCACCAACUUUUUAGAAGUCACCCUCCAUCUGAAAUUCACAAAAUUGAAGUUAUGCCAACGGAAAACCAGGGUAGAUGGCCUGCAUCUGAAGCACCAGCUCCAACAAGUGGAGGAAUUCAGUCUUACGCUUCACAAACUUCUGUAGAGGAAGCAUAUGUACCACCUACACUCCGAGAGCAAGGAGCUGCUAGGUUGUCAUUAAGUCAAGAAAGCUUACCUACAAGCUACAACAGUGGAAUAAUCUUGCAACCACCUCUUCCAUCACUUCCACCAGUCACACCACCAUCCCCAGAUUCGUCACCUGUAUCUUCUGGGAUUACUCAAACUUUUUCUGCAGUACCUCAGAUGCUGUCCACUGAGCCCUUGGCUAGCGGUAGCCUCGUCUUCAGCCCUGUCCCUCCAACUCUUCUGCACCUAACCCCUUCACCACCUCAGUCAUCAUAUAAUGAUCAUCCAACUCCCAUUCCACUUGUGUUUUCCCCAGCAACUCCCCUAAACACCAUUCAAGUUCAUGAAACAGAGUCUAGUAAUUUUGUAAGUGAAGGACAUCAGAUGCAAGCAAAUCCAACUUUUCAACUUUAUACAGAGUCAAGGAAUUUGAAUGAUGAUACACUGUAUUUCCAACAGUCUCCUACGUCUAUAUCUUCAGAAAUGAGCCCUAAUCUACCUACCUGUAUUCCAGAUUUACCUGAACACAGUAAUUCAGUAAAUUUAGUAGUAGAAUCACCAUCCUCCUCAAACAACCUUACCAGUAUUCCUCAGACUGGUUUGAUUAUGGAUAGCAAUCCUGCCUCACUCACCCAUGAAAGUGUCCCCCCUGUUCAUCAUCAACAUACCUACCAGUUGUCAGAUGCUCAGGUUGAUGGCUGUAGUGGUUCCUUCGAUUUACCUUCUCCUGAGGUUUCUGCUAUUGUACCUCCGUCCGUAUCUGUUCCUUCUGCUGGUGCUUAUUCAUCUUAUGUUCAGCAAAACCCUCUCUCCUCGGAUACCUUAACCUGUACAACGCAGUCAGCCGUACAUACCCAUUCUCUUCCUGUAAACACAAGUUGUAACAGUAAUACAGAUUAUGCUAAUGCUGACGUACCGAUUGCAGCUUGCACUGUAGCAAAUUCUAUACCAGCCUCAACUCCUCCAGCAUACUCCUCAGUGGGCUCUGUAUUCCCUAUUCCCAUUCCUGCUUUCCUAAAUCCUUUCUCUGGAAGUGACCCUGAUGCAGAACCCCCAACCAAUAACGUAUGUGAGUCUUCUGCUGGUGUACCAGUGGCAGAGGAACCUAGUUCAGUUAAGGACACCACUUCCCUGUACCGUCCAACGUCUUUACUAUUUAGUCAGUCGAGUGAUGUACCAUUUGUGGUUGACCCAAAUGCUUCUGUGGAUCCUUACCCACCUGGUCACACUACCCUGAAAGAAGUGAAAGACACUCCUGUACCUGUUCAGACUUCUGAGCCAACAGUCCCUCUUCUACUUACCAAUUCGGUAUUAAAUCCACCCCCUCUUACACUACUGUCUUUAGGACAGCAAGUGGCUCAAGAUGGAAAGAAGUGAGUCUCUUCUACAUUCCUAGCAUGCCAGCUUGAGGUGAACAAGUAACAAAGUGUAAAUAUUAUAUUUGUAAUUUCAUAGGAUCUAUUUCCCCACAAAGAUGGUUUUACUUAAUAUCUAAGAACUACAAUGUACUUCUUAGAUAUGUGUUCCUUUAUCAUGAGUUUUAAUCAUGUUUGUUAAAUGGUGGCAGCCUUUUACUGUAAUGAGUAGGAGGAGAUUAGUAAGCCAUGGCCUCUUUUCCUUUCUUUUUCAAUUUUAUUCAAAGUUGCCAUAGUUUUCUUCUAUAUUUUAAUAUUUUCACGUAGGUAAAUUGCUUUUUGACCAGUGUAAUAAAGUAGAUGGUCAUUUUUCAUGUGAUAUAAUUUAAAGGUAUAGAGACAUAUGCAGUUUGUGGAACAUUAUUUUUAGAAAUUUGAUUAUAGAUUAUAUAUAUUGGCAUAUUAUAUGAAAGUAUAGUGUGUUAUACAUUAAAUUGAAAGAUUCAUUAUACAGUGUGGUGACAUUUAUAAAUUUUUUUAACCGUAAGCAUUAUAGAAUUUUUAGAAAUCAGGUAAUUUUAUUUUUCUUGCAAUGGAAGAGUAGAUGAAUUAGAGAAACUGUCAUGUUUUAACUGUUAUUCUUUUAAAUUCUUUACUGCUUCAGUAUUUUCUUGUUAAGCCUUGAUUUGUGUUAGAAAAUUAUAGAUUUUAUUUUCUAUCCUGAAUGGAUGUAACUGCAUUUACAGACAUUUUAUGCACUAAUUACUAAAAUAACACAGGAGGAGACAAAAGGCAGGGGAUAGUAUUACCAUAAUUUUUUAUAAUUAUAUUUGAGGACUUAUUUGAGCACUUAUUGUGUAUAUAGAACUUUAAAUACUAGUGUUAUAGUACAGUUCUUAUAUUUAUGGUUACUGUAAUUAAAAUAGUCUUUAUGAGAAAUUAUGGAUAUAUGAUAGGCAUACCAUGUAAGUCUUUAUAUUGCUUUCUCUUGUGCUCAUAUCUUAAGUUGUAUAAGUCUGGGUAAACUAAAGAGGACUAUGUUUUUAACUUUAAUUCAAUUGUGGCAAAGGAAAUAUAGUAACCCUUCCAGCAAGGGAUAAAAACUUAUUACUAUGUCACCUUAUCCUGUAUAUUUUCAUUAGCAUAAGUUGUAGUAGUCAAUUCCUGUCUGUCAUGAAAAGGAAUUCAGUGUAUGUAUGUUAAAAUUGUAUGAUAUAUAUGGCAUUCAAAAGUAUCUGAGUAAAAUCAGUUUUCACAUUUUCUGAUCUGAUUUCCAGAUAAUUUUCUGCUUUAUUAUUGAACGUGAAAAUUGUCAUCUGAAAUUUUGAGAUAACUGGUAAAUAUGUACAGGUAUAUUUAUAGAUUGUGUCACUCCUUUUCUGUGUCCUUAACCUUACCAGCAUUAAAACCUUCAAGCACUUAAGUUUAAGAUUGAGAAAAUUGGUCAUUCAUUUAGUCAUUCUUUUUACAGUAAAUUUCAUUAGUCUUUUUUUAUUAUUUAUUUUGGAGUUUGUUGCACCCCUUUGAUAACUGUCACAAUAAUAAUUUUUUUUAAUGAAGCAACUCAUUUCUUUGUGCCCAUGUUAUUUAUGUUUAUGUAUGGUUAGUUGCAAGAAAACUAGUUUUUUUUUUCGAAGGAGAAACUUUAUUUAGUACUACGUAUCAUUAUUAGUGUUUGGUAGGCAAUUUAGUAUCAUUAUUAGUGUUUGGUAGGCAAAGUGUAAUAUCUUCAGUACAUAAAGCCUUAAAUAUGGAGUUGUCUGCUUGUCAACAGCUGCAGGAAGUUUUAACAUGCAAUAAUACAUGAACUCACUUGUUUGAUUAUAAAGAUUACUUCAAUAAAACUUAAGUGCUGUACAAGUGAAACUUAAGAUGUAAAAACUGCUUUCUUGGUGCACUUGUGUGUUCAUGUGGCUGAAAAGAUUUAAGUUAUAAAUUUUUGUUUGAUUUACACAAGUUUAUCUAUAAAACAAAUCCCUCAUGAAUUUGUAUAAAAUUUCAUCAGUCAUCCUAUGAAUUAGGGAAAAAUAAAUGUUUAAAUAAACAGUUGAAUUGAUAAAAGAA